GCGGCCAUUAUGUUUUUGUUUUUUUUUUAAAUCAAUUAUUUAGUGACGAUUUUCCAGCCAGUGCGUGAUCACGCUACGUUCCGUUUAAAUAAAAAAAUAUUAUAUUUGUCGUAACAAUAAUUCGAAAUACGGAUUUUUAUAAAAUUUCUGAUCAUAUUAAGUAAUUUAUGUGAAAAAAAACUCAAUGCUUUAUAAGUCGAGAUUGUAUUAUGUUUUUUGGUCAUUUUAGAUAAUAAUACUAAAUCUAUCAGUUGUUAAAAUGAUUUUCGUGUUUGUAUUUUUGUUUUGCAUUGUGAGUGGACAAGAUGAAGGAGAAAAAUGCAUCAAAAACGGCGUGUCCGGGACUUGUUUGAACAUACGCGAAUGUCCAUCCGCCAUACAAGACAUCAAAAAUAGAAAACAACCUCAGAUCUGUGGCUUUUCCGGUUUCGACACCAUAGUGUGCUGCGCGGGUGACUCUCAACCACGACCACCGGGUACCACUACAACCACUAGACCCCAAGUAACAACCACAAAACGAGUAGGUACGACAACAGAGUACACACCAACGGUGCCCGAUUAUGUGGACAAUGCGGGUGGGACGAGUGCCGACGACUGUGAGCCAAUAUCACCAGCUCUGACUUCCAGGAGGACUGGCCGCAAGGCUUGGGAUAAAUGCAUAGAAUAUCAAGAAAGGUUGGUGUACCCGUGCGAGCGGGGGGUGGCGCUGACUGGGGAUAUGUCUCGAGGCAACCAUUGCAUGCACAACGCCGACGAGCUCAUUGUGGGUGGGGUUGACGCGGCGAAGGGCGAAUUCCCCCAUAUGGCAUUGCUUGGUUUUGGCGCGGAAUUGAAAUAUGUACAAUGGCUGUGCGGAGGUGCUAUUGUCAGUGAAAACUUCAUACUGACAGCUGGUCACUGUAUCUACACCAGGGAUUCUGGUCCGGUGUCGUACGCUAUGGUCGGCAUUCUCAAGCGUUAUGAUGAAGUGGACUCGACUAAAGUGCAUAAAAUCAAGAACAUAUUAAAACACCCAGAAUACAAAGCUCCUGUUAAAUAUAACGACAUUGCCCUUUUGGAGGUCGAGACUCCUAUCAAACUAGGCCCGUACACGGUACCAGCUUGUCUUCACGUGGGAGGAUCAGUUAAGGAUGACAUCGCGUCAGCCACGGGAUGGGGCACCACUCAGUAUAAGGGGGAUACAGCUGACAUACUUCAGAAGGUGAUCCUAACUAAAUUCUCACUAGAAGAGUGCACGGCGAAGUUCCCACCAGCUCGGAACAUGAAGCAGGGUUUCGACCAGCACACGCAGAUGUGUUACGGAGACAGGACCAAAUCUAAAGAUACAUGCCAGGGUGACAGCGGCGGACCACUACAAAUAAAAAACACAAAAAUACACUGCAUGUACACGAUAAUAGGGGUGACGUCUUUCGGCAAGGCGUGUGGUUACAUCGGGGAGCCGGGAAUCUAUACUAAAGUGGAGAAAUAUGCCCCUUGGAUAGAAAGUGUGGUAUGGCCUGAUCAAUAGAAGACAUAACUUCUCAGACCGCUCCCCCAAGGCAAAAUUACGUUCAUUGAAAAAUGAGCUUUAAAGCGACCGCUGUUGGUAUGUUUUACAUUGACAACAUGAAGACUUUAAGCUAAUAGUCCACAUUUUUCUCUAAGUUUUAUAUAGGAAUAGUACUCUUAAUUUUUAAUAUAUGUAAAAGAUGAUCCCCUGAGGGAAUUUGUUGAUAAAAAGUACAGAAAUCCCCUGAGCAAGGGAUUUAUUGAUUAAGCGUGUGUUGAAUGUGGAAGUAUUAGGUAGCUUAUACUAGACUUUUGUACUCAUUUUAUAAUAAAGAUUAUACAUGCGUAAUA